AUGGAGCGAGGAGGGAAGAGGACGCGGGGAGCUCUUCUCGGGGUCCGCCUGGUCCCCCCCGUGCUUCUACUGCUUCUGCUGCUGCUGCAGCUGGUGGGAGGGGUCCCCCUGGGCCAGGGGCUGUAUCCCAUGCCGGCCAGCAUCCUGCAAGCACUGUCGAGCCGUGGGACGCUGGUGCUGGAGGCAGCACUGAGGAGCGCACUGCUGGCACUGGAGCGGGCGCUGUCCGAGCAGCAGCGGCAGCGAGGGGCCUGUGGACUCUGUGCCCCCUGCCUCUUCCCACCUUGCGCCAACAUCACCGGCCAUUGCCCACCGCCAGCUGUGCCCCCAAGCUGCCAGGCCCUGCUGGAUGCCCAGGCACUGCCCGAGCUGCCCCAGCGCAACUGGGCACUGAGCCAGGCCUGUGCCCCCUACCAGCAUCUGUGCCCACCUGAGGGGGCCCCACACACCUGUGCCCCGCUCAGCGCCCGGCUCUGCCAGAACCGCCUCCAGGAGUGCCAGACGGCAGCCGCGGCCCCGGGUCCUGAUGCAGCAGCAGAGGUGGCAACGCCAGGGAGCUGUGGGCACCGUGGGGGUCCACAAGCCAAUGCCACGGCCCCCCGCGGACGGAUCAUGGGCGGCAGCGUGGCCCCACGGGGUGCCUGGCCCUGGCUGGUGUCGGUGCGGCUGCACGGGGAGCUGAUGUGCGGAGGGGUGCUGGUGGGGCGCUCCUGGGUCCUCACCGCGGCACACUGCUUUGGCGGAAACCGUAAUGAGCUGGCGUGGACGGUGGUGGUGGGUGACCACGAGCUGGGAAAGCCGGGUGUGGGCGAGAGGGCAGUGCCCAUCCGACGCAUCCUGCCUCAUCCUAAGUUUAACCCCAAGACCUUUCACGGAGACUUGGCGUUGCUGGAGCUGGCAGUGCCGCUGGCCCCGUCACCCACCAUCAGCCCCGUGUGCCUUCCCAGUGGCCCCACAGAGCCCAGCCCUGGCACUCCCUGCUACAUCGCGGGCUGGGGCUCCCUCUAUGAAGAGGGACCAGUGGCUGAUGUGGUGAUGGAGGCACAGGUGCCCCUGCUCAGCCAGGAGACGUGCCGGGGUGCCCUGGGCAAGGACCUGCUCACCAGUGCCAUGUUCUGUGCUGGGUACUUGUCUGGAGGCAUCGAUUCCUGUCAGGGCGACUCAGGGGGCCCACUGGCAUGCCAAGACCCCACUUCACACCACUUUGUCCUCUACGGUAUCACCUCGUGGGGUGACGGCUGUGGUGAGCGGGGCAAACCGGGAGUCUACACCCGCGUCACUGCCUUCACGGACUGGCUCAGCCUCCAGAUGGACUCUGUCCCUGGCAGCCGAGAACCGAGCUGCUUCGACCUGCUGGCACUGGCCCAGCUACCCCCAGAGCGGCAGAACCCUGAGCGCACCCGUCUCUGCGCCUUCUAUGCCGGAUCCUGCCGGGCACCUCAGGGCCGGGCCACCUGUGCCCGCCUGGCUGAGGAGACCUGCCGUGCCAGGAUAAGACGAUGUGAGCUGCAUUCCUACGCCCAGACCCUGCUGGAUCUCCUGCGCCAGGCUGGGGACUUCAUCCGAAACCAGUUUGAUUUCUCCUUCCUCAGCCGCACUCUGCCCCAGCUCCUGGGCAAGAUCUAUGGGCAUUUCUUCCCUCCCCGUGUCCGCAGGGAUAUCCCAGAGCUGGCUGUGGCAGGGGGCCACUCAAGGCCCACAGCAGAGGGACCCCAGAAAGUCCCCACCAGGUGGGGGACCAGGCGGCUGCCCCCCUUUGCAGACCUCUUUGGGGCAGUGGGACCCCAGUUGCAAGACUGGAUGGAGGCGCUGAGGGCCAUGGAGGGGAGCAGUCCCCCAGUGCCCACAAUGGACAGGGAACAGCUCCCCGGGGAGAUGCAGCUCUUUCUGCAGCAGGGUGAAGAUGUGGUGGAGGAGAUGGUGGGACAGGGACGAGCCUUCCUCACCCAGCUGCGGGCAGAGUUGGACCUUGGCACUGCCUUGGAAACUAUGGAGCCACGACAGGCACCCAGAGAGCUGGCAGGGACCCCCCUGCCAAGCCGGUCCGCACUGAGGGAGAAACGUGAGCUGGUGUCCACAGAGCUGCCCAGGGUGCAGGAGGAGAAGGAGGAGGAGGCAGGUGCCAGCAAAGCCUGCCCCAGCCUCAACGAGUCGGCAGUGCGGGUGGGUGCGGUGCGUGACCUGUACGCCUGGGUGCUGCAGGUGCCCGAGACUGACCUGGCCAUGACCUUCCAGGAGAUCCUCGUGGACCUGGGCUCCAAAAACACCAAGGGACUGUACCGGGCGCAGGUGCGGGCCACUGUAGGGGGCCGGCCCACGGCCUUCACUGGCCUUGUGGGGCUGGAGAGUGACUCGCUGGCCCGCAGCAUGCCCGGCCUCGUUGCUCUGGCGCUCGAAGCGCUGAAAACCUAA